UAAACUCAUCAAUUUUUUAUUCAGAGCCACAAAUUCUAUUUUAUAUAUUUUUUUUUAUUUGCAUUCCUGGAAAGCUUUCGUAUCAAUUGGCGCUAUAAUCGUUUUAUUAAUUAAUCUAUACAAAACAUACACAUAUAUUUAUAUAUCAUAUAAUAUGUAUAUCAUAAAACAAUACAUUUAAAUUUAACACAAUAUAUGUAAGUGUAUAGAAUACACUUACACAUAAAUUCUUGUGUAAAUAACAAAAAAUAUAUGUACAUAUGCACACAUAUAUAUGAUUACUAUGUGAUUUCUUUGAAGUACAAUUAAAAAGACUGAUACGUAACGAUAAUAGCUCAAAAACAAUUUUAAUUAUGCUGUGCAUUGAAGAAGGACUCGGAAAGUUACAUAGAAUUCCAGUGAAUUCGAGUUUAGCAUCUGGAGUAUUGAAAGACGGGCAAUUAACGAAACCCGAAACUGUAAUUAAUAAUUGUUCUGAUGAAACAGUAAAUACUGCUGGUGAUAAUGUACUUAAACAAGGACUAGAUGAUAGUCCAGAAACACCUAGAGCUAGUUUUUUAGACGGAAUAUUUGGUUGCAUGCGACCAUUCUGGGCUUUGUUAUCAAAAGCAACCGUUGCUGAAAAAAUAAAAGGUUCUUCAGACGAUUGGGAAAUACCGUUUGAAAAUAUAAGCGAUCUCCAAUGGCUUGGAUCAGGUGCUCAGGGCGCAGUAUUCAGUGGAAUAUUAAAUAAGCAAAUAGUUGCUGUUAAAAAAGUACGCGAGCCCCGUGAAACUGAUAUCAAACAUUUACGUAAACUUCACCAUCCGAACAUCGUCAAAUUCCGAGGAGUUUGUACCCAAGCGCCUUGUUUCUGUAUUAUUAUGGAGUACUGUCCCUAUGGGCCGCUCUAUGAUUUACUGAGAGCUGGUGAAUUUAUUCCACCUCAUCGCUUGGUUGCUUGGUCGAAACAAAUAGCCGCUGGAAUGGCUUAUCUCCAUGCUCAUAAUAUUAUUCAUCGUGAUUUAAAAAGUCCAAAUGUUCUGAUUGGUCCUGAGGAGGUUGUCAAGAUAAGCGACUUUGGUACAAGUAGACAGUGGAAUAAUCGUAGCACUAAAAUGACAUUUGCUGGUACUGUUGCAUGGAUGGCACCUGAAAUAAUAAGAAAUGAACCGUGCUCUGAAAAAGUUGACAUAUGGUCUUAUGGAGUCGUCGUUUGGGAAUUAUUGAGUGGCGAAAUACCUUACAAGGAUGUUGAUUCGUCAGCAAUUAUUUGGGGUGUUGGUAAUAAUUCUCUUCAUUUACCGAUACCGAAAAAUUGGCCAGAGGGGUAUCAAUUACUGGUGAAACUUUGCUGGUCUGAAAAACCUAAAAACCGGCCGUCAUUUGGACACAUCGAGUCACAUUUAGCGAUUGCUGCUGUUGAUGUACUUGGUACUGAACCGGAUGAAUAUUUCAAAGCUCAACAGACAUGGAAAAGUGAAAUAAGAUCACAUUUAGAAGAAAUGCAACGGAAUAGUUCGACGGGUUCAAGAUUUGAGUCUCAAAUAUCUGAUUUAUUAGAACGGCGUAACAAUGAGUUACGUCAUGCUCAAGAAAUACGUGAAUUGUAUGAAAAAAAAUUAGAAAAAACAAAUAAUCUUUAUUCGCAAAUAAGCACAGCUUUGUUAGAAUUACAGCAACGUAAAGAAAUAAUAUCGAAGAAAAAAAAAGAAAAGAAGUCUAAAAAUCCUUUGAUGAAUCAACUGAGAAGAAAACGUAAAAAUCCUCAUCAGAAGUCAAGCUCAACAACACCGACGACACCAUCAUCACCAAUUGAAUCGCAAUUACAAUCACCAGUCAAAGCUACUAUUUGUACACAAAUAAAUGUAUCGACAAAUCAACCAGAGACUGUAAUUUUACCACCGAGUAACAACAAUAGUUUUAAACAAAAAAAAUACCGUCAUCGACGUGUUGGAUCCGGUGGAAUCACUACAACAAGUUUACGUUCGUCACCCCACCGUGAACGUAAAAGUGGCGAGAUGUCUGCUAAAUAUGUUAAUCAUCAAACCCAAACGGAUAUUACGAGCAUAAACAAUUCAAUUGAUUCAGUAGCUUGUUUUUCACGUACUCAGAGUACAAGACACUCAAAGACAACAUUAAAUUCACCUUUGAGUGAUAAAUUUAUUGAUUUACCAGACUGUAGGAUAUCAUUUGACAGCGGCAUUAUUGGAGAAUGCAGCAAUGGUAAUCUUGGUGAAAAUAAUGAGUGCUUUUAUCAUCAUCAUCAUCAUCAUCAGCAAGACCAAACAAGCCGGUGUUCAAGUCCGGAUAUGUGCAACGGCAACGAAAGAUUACGACAAUGUAGCGAAGAUGAUGACCUUGAAUCACUUGGUAGAAAAGUAUCUGAGAUUAUAAAUGCUAAUCGUUUAAUUUCAUCUGUUGACAAUGGAAAUUGUGAUGAUGCUAUUAUGCAUAGUUAUAGCCAAAUGCAAGAAGACUUGACAAACUUACCUCAUGAUUUCGGUGAAAUAACAAUAAGUGGAUCAGUUAAUAAUGAUUACUUAGAUGUAGAUACACCAAUUAAUAAAGAUAGUGGGUCAGUAACUGUAGAAGAUGAAAAUUAUAAUGAUAAAAGAAUCGAAUCAACGAGUAAUGAAGAUGAUGAUUAUGAUGACGUUGAUGAUGAAGAAGGUGAAGCUUCUGGAAGUUAUAGUUUUGAUUUUUCACUUCGGAGUCGAAGUUUUGGAAGAAAACCAAUCAGGCCGGGAUCACGUAAAAGAAGAUUGAAACAAAAUCCCCAAAUUGAUCAGUGCCUAGCAUCAGAUGAAGAAAACACAUCUGAGUAUUCACAUCCGCCGUCCAGUCACACAUCGACUCUUGAGAGUAAUCCAGACGCUCAACGUGCUUACAAGAAGGCUACUAAUCGUGCAUUUAAAGAAGCUAAUUAACUAUUUCUUCUCAACUUUCCUUUAUAUAACAAUUAAUUAUUAAUCUAUAAUUUAGUCGAAAAGUCGCCAAACAUUUAACAAAGUUCUUUAGAUGUAUAGACAAUUAUCUUUUUUUUUCAUGGUAAUUAAAAAUGAGUAGACGCUUAUUAUUAUUUUACUUUAACGUGUUCACGCAUUACAUGCCAAUGAAAAAAAAACAACAUGAGAUUAAAUGAUGCUGAUUGUCUAGGAAUUAUUUAAUUAACGCGUCUUGAGACAAUUAUAUAUUUAUAUAUAUACUUGCUAGUGUGAUAAGUAUUAUUUAAUUGUAUAUAUAGUACCCGGACAAUUUAAUAAUCUUAUGAUUAUUAAUUAAUUGUAAAUAUUUAAAUUAAUCAGCAGUUAGCUUACAAGAAGGAUGAAAUUUUUAAAAUAAUUAUUUUUCGUUCUGUAUAUUUUUAUAAACUAUCAAUUAGUUGGCAAUUAAUUAUUUUGUUACUGCAAGUUUGAAAUUUUUGAUAAUUUAUUAAUUUCGAUUAAUAAAAUAUUAAUUUAUUUAUUUUUAAGUGUGAAAAAAGAUUAUUUAUAAAUUACAAUUAGUGUAAUAAAUAAUAGUAAUAAUUAACUGCUGAUUAAUAAAUAAUGUAUGAUAAUAUAUAUAUAAUAUAAAUUGUACUUUGUCUUUACGUAAAAUCAAAUUGUGAAAGUAGUAAUUAAAAAAAUAAGUUUUGUAUUUAAGUUAGAAUUGACUAUUGACUAUAUAAUUUAAUUUAAAAUUUUGAUUAAUUUUUUUUUCGUGUAUUGUCCGUAAUUAAUUAAAUAAUUGUGACUGAUAGAGAGAGAGAGAAGAAUGAAAGAAAAAAAAAUAGUGACGACAUUAUUUCUUUGAAUCGCUCAUAGAUUUGUACAAAUACGUUUUUUUUUGUCUGCAUGACGAUGUAUAUAAUUGUUUUGAGAUCUCAAUAAUGUGCCCACUUAGAAAAUAAAAUACAGGUAUGCAUUAAUGUUUAUGUAUCAUUUGAUAUGUUUGAUUAAAUGAUUAAUUAAUUAAUGGAUGAAUGAAUUUAAUAAUUAGAUUUGUGAUUGUGCAAUUCAUGUUACUCAUUUUAAAGGAUAUAUAUACAUAUAUAAUAUUUAUAUUACACUUGUGCCGCCCAAAAUUAUGUAGAAUUAUAUAUAAACAAAAAACCUAAAUUAGUUUAAUUAAUAAAAUUAAAAUGAAUAAUUCGAUUUAAUGAGAAUGAAAAAUAAAUUUUUUGACGAAUCAGUAUCUUGGCAAUAUUAUUUAAAUUUGUAAUUAAUCAGCAUUAAUACGGAGCUGUAUUUUUACCGGACAUAAAUUAAUAAUAAACUUAAAUUAUUAAAUAAACGACGGAGUUGAAGAGUAAUUUUUUUUUAAAACUACAAUUGAGUCAUAAGGUUCGAGUGCCUUUAAAUUUUCCAACGGAUUUAUGUCUAUUAAUAAUAAUGAUAAGUAAUGAAAUGUUGGUCAAUGAAAGAAAAAAAAUAUGAAUUAUAAAUUUUAAGACUAGAAUGCUUAAAUGGAAAUAACGUAAUGAAAAACUUUUUUAAUAAAAAUAGAAAUGCUGUACCUGCUCCAGAAUAAAAAUGCCUUAAAAAUUUUUAAAUGUUAUAUCUUUCAUAGGCACGUUUACAAGUGACAAUAUUUAAAAUUUUCCAAUGACUAAUUAUUAUUAAAUGAAAAUUACUAAUUAAUAAAUUAGGCAGCUCCAUAUUUGUAGUGAAAUUAAAAAAAAAUAUUUGUAUUUGAUAAUAAAUUUUGGCAGCUAGAAAUAAAC